GCUCCCGCGCGGCCGUCCGUCCGCGCCCGCGCGCCGCGGCGAUGCCGGACCAGAUCUCCGUGUCGGAAUUCGUGGCCGAGACCCAUGAGGACUACAAGGCGCCCACCGCCUCCAGCUUCACCACCCGCACCGCCCAGUGCCGGAACACCGUGGCGGCCAUCGAGGAGGCUUUGGAUGUGGACCGAAUGGUUCUCUACAAAAUGAAGAAAUCUGUGAAGGCAAUCAACAUCUCUGGACUGGCGCAUGUAGAGAACGAGGAGCAGUACACCCAAGCUCUGGAGAAGUUCGGUGGCAACUGUGUAUGCAGAGAUGACCCAGAUUUAGGAAGUGCAUUCCUGAAGUUCUCUGUAUUCACCAAGGAGUUGACAGCGCUCUUCAAAAACCUGAUUCAGAACAUGAACAACAUAAUAUCCUUCCCUUUGGACAGUUUGCUGAAAGGAGACCUGAAAGGAGUAAAAGGGGAUCUGAAAAAGCCCUUUGAUAAAGCUUGGAAGGACUAUGAAACAAAAAUAACCAAAAUAGAAAAGGAGAAAAAGGAACACGCCAAGCUCCAUGGGAUGAUUCGUACUGAAAUAAGUGGGGCCGAAAUCGCAGAGGAGAUGGAAAAGGAGAGACGGUUCUUCCAGCUCCAGAUGUGUGAGUAUCUGCUGAAGGUCAAUGAAAUCAAGAUUAAGAAGGGAGUGGAUUUACUCCAGAAUCUGAUUAAAUAUUUUCAUGCACAAUGCAAUUUUUUCCAGGAUGGACUGAAAGCGGUAGAAAGUCUGAAGCCUUCCAUUGAAACACUCUCCACAGAUCUUCACACAAUCAAGCAGGCCCAGGAUGAAGAACGACGGCAGCUUAUACAACUUCGUGAUAUUUUGAAAUCAGCAUUGCAGGUUGAACAGAAAGAGUCUAGGAGAGACUCACAACUUCGCCAGAGUACAGCUUAUAGCUUGCAUCAGCCUCAGGGAAACAAGGAACAUGGAACAGAGCGGAAUGGAAACUUGUACAAGAAAAGCGAUGGGAUCCGAAAAGUAUGGCAGAAAAGGAAGUGUUCUGUUAAAAAUGGCUUCCUGACCAUAUCCCAUGGCACCGCUAACCGGCCACCUGCUAAACUCAACCUGUUGACCUGCCAGGUGAAGACCAACCCUGAGGAGAAGAAGUGUUUUGACCUCAUCUCACAUGACAGGACAUACCACUUUCAAGCAGAAGAUGAACAGGAAUGUCAGAUAUGGAUGUCUGUGCUGCAGAACAGCAAGGAAGAAGCUUUGAACAAUGCUUUCAAGGGAGAUGACAAUACUGGGGAAAAUAACAUUGUCCAGGAACUGACCAAGGAGAUCAUCUCGGAGGUGCAGAAGAUGACGGGCAAUGAUGUGUGCUGCGACUGUGGGGCUCCAGAUCCAACGUGGCUCUCCACCAAUCUGGGCAUCCUGACUUGCAUCGAGUGUUCAGGGAUCCACCGGGAGCUGGGGGUUCAUUAUUCCAGGAUGCAAUCUCUGACCUUAGACGUAUUGGGAACAUCUGAGCUGCUGCUUGCCAAGAAUAUUGGGAAUGCAGGCUUUAAUGAGAUCAUGGAGUGUUGCCUACCAGCUGAGGACUCCAUCAAACCCAACCCAGGCAGUGACAUGAAUGCAAGGAAGGACUACAUCACUGCCAAGUACAUCGAGAGGAGAUAUGCAAGGAAAAAGCAUGCAGACAAUGCAGCAAAACUCCACAGCCUUUGUGAGGCCGUCAAAACCAGAGAUAUUUUCGGAUUAUUCCAAGCUUAUGCGGAUGGUGUGGACCUUACAGAAAAAAUCCCACUGGCCAAUGGACAUGAGCCAGAUGAGACGGCUCUCCAUCUCGCAGUCAGGUCCGUGGACCGGACUUCCCUUCACAUUGUGGACUUCCUGGUGCAGAACAGUGGGAACCUGGAUAAACAGACAGGCAAGGGCAGCACAGCCCUGCACUACUGCUGCCUGACGGACAACGCCGAGUGCCUCAAGCUCCUCCUGCGGGGGAAGGCCUCCAUUGAGAUAGCAAAUGAGUCAGGAGAGACGCCGUUGGACAUAGCCAAGCGUCUCAAGCAUGAGCACUGUGAGGAGCUGCUGACUCAGGCCUUGUCUGGAAGGUUUAACUCGCACGUUCAUGUCGAAUAUGAAUGGCGACUACUGCACGAGGACCUGGAUGAGAGUGAUGAUGAUGUGGAUGAGAAGCUGCAGCCUAGUCCCAACCGACGGGAGGACCGGCCAGUCAGCUUUUACCAGCUAGGGUCCAGCCAGCUUCAGCCCAAUGCUGCGUCUUUGGCCAGAGAUGCUGCAAACCUCGCUAAGGACAAGCAGAGGGGCUUUGUGCCCAACAUCUUGCAGAAUGAGACCUACGGAGCUAUCCUGAGUGGCAGCCCACCCUCCUCCCAGUCCACAGCUCCCAGCACCACCAGCGCACCCCCACUCCCACCCCGGAAUGUUGGCAAAGUUCAGACAGCCUCCUCAGCUAACACCUUGUGGAAGACAAACUGUGUAGGUGUGGACGGUGUAAGCAGGCAGCGAUCUUCGUCAGAUCCGCCAGCUGUCCACCCACCGCUGCCCCCUCUGCGAGUGACAUCUACCAAUCCCCUGACCCCCACACCGCCCCCUCCUGUGGCCAAGACACCCGGUGCACUAGAAGCUGUGAGCCAGCCAAGCAAGCCCACUCAACCUGGGGCCUCACAGAGCAAGCCCCCACCCCUGCCACCCCAGCCACCCAGCCGCCUGCCUCAGAAGCCAGCUUCCGGGGCUGACAAGCCGACCCCACUGAUCAACAAAGGCCAACCAAGAGGACCUGAAGCUACAGGUCUGCUGUCCAAUGCCAUGGCCUUGCAACCCCCAGCACCCAUGCCUCGGAAGUCACAGGCGACCAAGUCCAAGCCCAAGCGGGUGAAAGCGCUCUACAAUUGUGUGGCCGACAACCCAGAUGAGCUGACAUUCUCUGAGGGGGAUGUGAUCAUUGUGGAUGGGGAGGAAGACCAGGAGUGGUGGAUUGGCCACAUUGAUGGAGAUCCCAGCCGCAAAGGAGCAUUUCCUGUAUCGUUCGUGCACUUUAUUGCUGACUAAAUCGCUACUGAACAAAAGCCUUUCUUUAACUGUUAUGUUCCUGUUUUGUUAUUGGUACCAAAACUCUUGCCAGAUAGCCACAUUGUGUCGUACGGCAGCCUUUCCUCCCUCAUACCACUGUUCUGUUUUAAAAACUCAAAAGACAGUUUUUAUAUAUAAGCAAAUUGUUUUUAUAAUUUGUGGUUAUCAUGAAACGUUGCUAUACUUUAUUAGGAAAAGCCAAAUUUCCUAAAAGGUGAACUGAAAAGUUAUUUUAACCAUAUAACCAAGAUCUUGCAUCUCCAGAAGUAGCUAACCCUAAAAUGCUUAAAUGAAUUUUGGGAAUUCUUCCUUUUGACCCAAUUCUACUAUUAGUUACCUUUAGUACAGUUGUCACUUUAACAGGCCAGUAAAAUGUUGCUUCUGGAGUCUGUAGCCCGACUCCAGACUUCGUCCACAGAAUGCCAUCCAUUUACCUUUAAAGAUGUAUUCAUUUAAAACUCAGCCAAUGUCUGGGAAUUUUACAUUAGCCUUGUACUUUCUGGCCCUAGCCUGUGAGGUGACAGCUGUCAUGGUCUCCUGCAUGUAUGACCCAUUGUUGUGAACAGUGACACCCAGCAAACUCCUGACAGGUUAUUAUAACAUAGCUAACAUCAGUCCAUUCCACUCCAGGUUUUUAAAAAUGCAGUUCCUGAAUUUGGUUAAAAACUAAGGAUGAUGGAUUGCAAAACAGUUCUUUAAACUAGCUUGUAUGCUUUAUGUGUUUUAGAAUUUGCCUCCUUCAACUUCCCUGGUCACAACAAAAGCAACUGUACACAAGUAGAAUACUGUGGCACAGACCACAACACAGUAAUCCAUGUCUCACCACUUCCUGUCACAGGCACCACUGCCCUUCCCUCCCAGUUCCCCAGGAUGUCCACUCAGCCUAGUGUCUUGUAUUUAAUAGGAUACGCCAACAGGAAUGGUAGCUAUGCUGUCUUGAAAUGUAAUCUGUCCAUCUGCUUGUAUUCAAGAAAUCUGUAGGUCCCGGGGAGCACAAUACUCCCAUACAUCCCAGUUUUACUAUUUAAAGCCAUCAUUUCACUCUUAAACUUACAAUAUGCGGGGAGGGGGAUGGGAAUUAGGCUGUGUAUGAUAAAAUCAAAACUCAUUAGUUUAAUGAACUUAACUGUCAUACCUCUAUUUAAUAAUUGUGAGCAUAAGAUUCAUAGUAGGAAUAUUGGAAAUUCUGGCACUGUUUUGGAGUCAAUAGGCAAGCAUAUGGUGCCCACUUGGAUUUUGAACAAAAGGAAUAGAUUGACGUGCAGGCUUGGAAAAUAGGGCAACGAAGGCUCACGAUGGUACACUUGACGGAAGCAGCUUGUCUUUUAAUUUCUGAUGCAAGGCUUUCAUAAGCAUGGAGCUUUUUCUUUUUUCUUUUUCUUAAGGAAUACAGGACAAACUGGAAAUGUCUUAUGAUGUUGUAUAUUAAUUGCUUUCUGCCUUACAACGAUCCGUGUAAAAAUAUUUUAGAUCUGUAAUUAAAGUCUUUUGUUUUUAAGCACUACAUCUAUUUUCACUACUUGUUAAUUUCUGUUGUUUGAACCCUUCAGUCACUUUCUCAUAGAUUUAAGAGUGUGAACAGAUGCAUUUUGCACAGUGCACUUCUCAGUGUCUGCUCUAACGGCCCCAUGUCUGUACCUUCUCAUCGGUCGAUGAACUGGUACCAGCUCUCUGAGGAAUCAGGUUUAUGUCAACAAACUCCAGUCCCAAUUUCUAUCAAUCUAUCAGGUUCACAGGUACAUAAAUACCUAGGAAAUAUUUUUCCACUCUCUAAUUUGGUGGUGCUAUUGUGUAGUAAUUAAUAUUUUACCAGAGGAGAAAUUCUAUUAACUUCCCUGCUAAUUAUCCUUUCUUAGUUAUUUGCUGUUUGCAAAUUGAAAAAAAAUUAACUGAAUGGAAAACAUUGUAGAUAUCUAUUUAUAUUUGAAGUUUACAUUUCAUGAACUUCAGCUGCAGAAUUUGGGCAUUUUCUUUGCCACUUUCCAUCAGGUCUGACUUGGAGGAAGGGCGGCUCAGAAAUAAGGUGUGCAGACUAGUAUGAUCUGUUGAGGGUGGAGAACAAUCUGUCUGCAUCCUGGAAUGCUAUUUUGAGAUGUAAGAUACUCGAUUCAUUCACUUACUUUGGUCUAGUUGCAGCGCAACUGUACAUAUUGUAUAACCUAAACUGAUCUUAUUUUCAUUGUCCCUACUGCAGUGAUUUAUAAAUUAGAGCAUGUUUAAAAAAAUCUACUUCCUGUUAACCAGUCAUUUGACUGGAAAAAAAAUAAAAGUACUUUUAAACAGA